ACCCAGUUAAGGUGUGCCACACAAUCAACCCAACACUUCGACUGAGCUGCACAGAGGUUAUUGUGCCUGCGUUAGGCAUCAAACAAGGCAAACAUGCAGGUCUUUGUGAAAACACUGACAGGCAAGACCAUAACACUUGAAGUAGAGCCAAGUGAUACAAUAGAGAAUGUAAAAUGUAAGAUCCAGGACAAAGAGGGCAUUCCACCUGAUCAGCAGAGAUUGAUCUUUGCAGGCAAGCAGCUGGAAGAUGGCCGUACACUUUCUGACUACAAUAUCCAGAAAGAAUCCACUUUGCAUCUGGUCCUUCGUCUUAGAGGUGGUAUGCAGAUAUUUGUUAAAACAUUGACAGGCAAGACUAUCACACUGGAAGUAGAAGCAAGUGAUACAAUAGAUAAUGUGAAAUGUAAGAUCCAGGACAAAGAGGGCAUUCCACCUGAUCAGCAGAGAUUGAUCUUUGCAGGCAAGCAGCUGGAAGAUGGCCGUACACUUUCUGACUACAAUAUCCAGAAAGAAUCCACUUUGCAUCUGGUCCUUCGUCUUAGAGGUGGUAUGCAGAUAUUUGUUAAAACAUUGACAGGCAAGACCAUCACACUGGAAGUAGAAGCAAGUGAUACCAUUGAAAAUGUGAAAAGUAAGAUCCAGGACAAAGAGGGCAUUCCACCCGAUCAGCAAAGAUUGAUCUUUGCAGGCAAGCAGCUGGAAGAUGGCCGUACACUUUCUGACUACAAUAUCCAGAAAGAAUCCACUUUGCAUCUGGUCCUUCGUCUUAGAGGUGGUAUGCAGAUAUUUGUUAAAACAUUGACAGGCAAGACUAUCACACUGGAAGUAGAAGCAAGUGAUACAAUAGAUAAUGUGAAAUGUAAGAUCCAGGACAAAGAGGGCAUUCCACCUGAUCAGCAGAGAUUGAUCUUUGCAGGCAAGCAGCUGGAAGAUGGGCGUACACUUUCUGACUACAAUAUCCAGAAAGAAUCCACUUUGCAUCUGGUCCUUCGUCUUAGAGGUGGUAUGCAGAUAUUUGUUAAAACAUUGACAGGCAAGACUAUCACACUGGAAGUAGAAGCAAGUGAUACAAUAGAUAAUGUGAAAUGUAAGAUCCAAGACAAAGAGGGCAUUCCACCUGAUCAGCAGAGAUUGAUCUUUGCUGGCAAGCAGCUGGAAGAUGGCCGUACACUUUCUGACUACAAUAUCCAGAAAGAAUCCACUUUGCAUCUGGUCCUUCGUCUUAGAGGUGGUAUGCAGAUAUUUGUUAAAACAUUGACAGGCAAGACCAUCACACUGGAAGUAGAAGCAAGUGAUACCAUUGAAAAUGUGAAAAGUAAGAUCCAGGACAAAGAGGGCAUUCCACCCGAUCAGCAAAGAUUGAUCUUUGCAGGCAAGCAGCUGGAAGAUGGCCGUACACUUUGUGACUACAAUAUCCAGAAAGAAUCCACUCUGCAUCUAGUGCUUAGACUGAGAGGUGGUUAAAAAUUAUAUAAGUUUUUUUUAUACUUUGCAGUUGUAUUAAAACAUUUAUCAAAUACACUUCAUAGCUACUUUAAAUCAUUUUAUUACUUUCGUUGAUAAUUUGUUA